AUGGCUCAUCUACCUGCUUUUGAGCAAUUGGCCAAGGAAGAAGGUAUUACUGAUGAUAUAUGCCUCAAAUUUGGUGAGACGUUCGACGCCGCGAUGACUGAGGAGGCCUGGUCUCGUCUUAAGAGCUCAUACGACAACAUGCGCAGGAAUCAUGGCGCCGACAAUGAGAUCGUCCGGCAGUGCAGAGUCAUUGAAGACGCUGCGAGCGCAGAAGGUUUUACACAGAUGAAAAAUGCCAUAGCGGCCAUUGUUCAUCCUGCUGGUCAAGUGUGGCCAUACAAAUUCGUGCAAGCACUCUUGAGAAUACUCCUCGAAGCAGGAAACCUGAAUUUACAAGCACAUACACCUGCACAGCAGAUAUCCGAGCGAGACACCGAUGGUUGGAUCACGGUCACAACUGAUCGGGGUUCGAUACGAGCCAAAGCGGUCAUCCACUCCACCAAUGCCUUUGCCUCACACCUACUACCUGAGUUUGAGAAGCUGAUCGUGCCUGAACGAUGCACUCUUGCUGCAGUCAACGCCCCUGCAGGUUUCAUUAAGCACACUGGUGCCCAACACUGGGAUGCUAGUGUCAAUGUAGGUGAUCAGCUUUGA